GGCUGGAGUGUUGGUUGUCCUCAGAAUGCCGGGGCCGCAGGUACUUUCUAUGACGCAUACGUACUGAGUUUACGGGUGGACAAUGACAAUAUAACAACAGAAACAGAAACUCCUCUGCUGGAUUUUUCUACUUCCCCUCUCUGGACAAAUGUUUACGUCGAGAACAAUGCUAAAGUUUUAGUCCCUCUACUUUGGUCACGAGUUCAGGUGAGGGGCCAAAUUAGUCUACUUUAUGGAAGCAGCAUCAUCUUUGGGUUGUCUAAUUAUCCAGUCUCUGAGUUUGAGCUUGUAGCAGAGGAACUUCUAAUGAGUGAUUCAAUAAUAAAGGUUUAUGGUGCACUUAGAGUAUCUGUGAAGAUGUUACUCAUGUUGCAAUCUGAAAUCCAAGUAGAUGGUGGAGGAAGCACAGUUGUUACUACAUCUGUCCUUGAAGUCAGGAAUCUUGUUGUUCUGAAGGGAAAGUCUGUUAUCAGUUCAAAUGCAAAUUUGGCUUUAUAUGGUCAGGGACUACUAAGGUUGACUGGUGAUGGUGAUGCAAUCAUAGGCCAGAGGCUUUCCUUGUCACUAUUCUAUAAUAUUACGGUUGGCCCAGGAUCUCUACUUCAAGCCCCCUUGGAUGACAACAGAAGUAGAAGCAAGGUGACUGAAUCUCUGUGCGACAGCACGAACUGUCCAAUGGAUUUGAUUACUCCACCUGAUGAUUGUCAUGUCAAUUACACGCUAUCCUUUUCGCUACAAAUUUGUCGAGUGGAGGACAUUCUUGUCACAGGCAUCAUCAGGGGUAGCAUUAUUCAUGUUCACAGAGCCAGAACUGUCAUUGUGGACAAUGAUGGUGCCAUAACUGCCUCUGAAUUAGGUUGCAGUAAAG